UCAGCCACAUAGAUCUGUACAACUUGAAAGCAGAGCAAGUUGUAUUUGCACCCCGCGCAUGCAGCGGGUUUGGUUACGCUUAGACCUGAUCCUUACUCAGCUGGCAACGCAGCCCCUGCCAUGCAGGCUCCCCCCCGGCGACUUUCUGCCGUUAACGGUCUAAGCAGAUUUUUCCAUGGCCGGAGACAUUCGGCAUCCGACGUGUUCAGCCGUAUCCAGCGCAGGCGCAGCUCAGCGGUAGAAGUGCUGUCCUCCUCCACGCAGAGGGUAAUGGUGGCCGUGGCCGCAGUCGGCACAAGCGACCCGAAUCCAAACCUUCUUGCGACAACACGAAGCAGCAGACGGCCGACCUCAAAGUACACGAAGGUCGGGGAGCGCCUGCGCCACGUUAUCCCAGGACACAUGCAGUGCUCCAUGACUUGCGGAGGGCGAGCCUGUAAGUACGAGAACCCGUCCCGGUGGAACGACGAGGAUCAAGCCGUAAAAGGACUUUACUCCUCCUGGAUUACAGACAACAUACUGGCCAUGGCACGGCCUUCAACAGAAAUCAUUGAGAGAUAUCAUAUCAUUGAACAGUUCCAGAGGCUCGGUAUAAAGAGCGUCAUUAAUUUGCAGCGUCCCGGGGAGCACGCCAGCUGCGGGAAUCCUCUGGAGCAGGACAGCGGCUUCACCUACCAUCCCGAGGUCUUUAUGGAGGCUGAAAUUUACUUCUAUAAUUUUGGAUGGAAGGAUUAUGGGGUCGCCUCUCUGACAACAAUUCUCGAUAUGGUUAAAGUCAUGGCUUUUGCGUUGCAAGAAGGCAAAGUAGCCGUUCACUGCCACGCGGGCCUCGGCCGGACGGGUGUUUUGAUCGCCUGCUAUUUAAUUUUUGCAACGAGAAUGACGGCAGACCAAGCGAUUCUUUUUGUUCGGGCGAAGCGUCACAACGCCAUCCAGACUCGGGUGCAGCUGCUUUGCGUUCGCGAGUUCACCCAGUUCCUGACUCCGCUGCGUAACGUGUUCGCCUGCUGCGAUCCUAAAGCUCACGCCGUGACUUUAAGCCAAUACUUGAUCCGGCAGCAACAUUUACUCCACGGCUACGAAGCCCGAUAUCUGAAAUACGUGCCAAAAAUCAUCCAUUUGGUCUGUAAGUUAAUUUUGGACUUGGUUGAAAAUAAGCAGGUGGUGGAGGGGAAGGUCCUGGAUGUGCCGGAUCUUUCUGCCGAGAUAGAGAAGACGGUGUCUCAGCUGCCGACCGUCCAGUUGGAUAAAGUGCUGGACAUCGUGCCAGCAGAUCCGCUUUGCCAUUCCGCGACCACCGCGACCGGUUACUUGACUCAGGACUCGGUGUUAUCCAGCGAGCAGGAGUUCGACCCUCUCUGGAAGAGGAGGAACGUGGAAUGUCUUCAGCCUCUGUCCCACCUGAAGAAGCGUUUAAGCUACAGCGACUCCGACCUGAAGAAGGCGGAAUUCCUUCUAGAGCAAGGGGAGACUCCUUGGACAGAACCGACCCAAAUAUCCUUCUUAAAUAAACUCAAUCAGUACGUAACCGUUAAACAAUGCUUCGUCUCAGGAAGUAACGAUCUAGCUCAGCAGACGCCCCAGCCAAACUUUGAGAACAAGCCUUCUGUGCACAAUGCCUUUUCGUUCUGGACCCAAAGUAAGUUGGGCAGCAUCGAGGCGCAGCGGGAAGGCUCUCCGCUUUUCCACCGGAGGAAGCUCCCCAGGGACAUUCAGCGCAGCCAUACCUUCUCUUUGGGGCACUCAUCGCUGUCAGACAGCGGCCAAACACAAUUACCUGAUUCUGAGUUACUAAGCAGGGUUAAGUCAGACGCUGGUGCCCAAAGUGCCAGGGACUGCGCAGGGGGUCCCCAGAACAUCCAUGUGCUGGAGGAGAGAAGUGCUUCCUCCCCGCAGGAUAAAGACUACAUGUUGCCUAAAGCCAUGUUUUACCUGGGGAAUGGAAGCCAAGAUCAGGAUGAGAAAUCAGAGGCCGCCCCGCAGUCAGAGUUAAGCGCGGAGGCCAGAAGAUUGCAGGCCGCUAAAGCCCUCGCGGGACUUCACAUGGAUGGCGUGGAAGGGGUGACUGAGAAGGUGCAGUUUUGGCAGAAGGAGCUGAAUUCCCGGGAGACCGCUUGGGAUCGGCUCUGCGCGGAGAGGGACCCCUUCGUCUUGGCUGGCCUAAUGUGGUCGUGGAUCGAGCAGCUGAAGGAGCCGAUAAUAAGGAGGGAGGACGUCGAUCUGCUGAUUAACUUUGGCCGUGACAUGGACAGCGCCCUCUACCUGCUGGAAAAGGCCCAACAUCAGACCGCGCUGUGCGUCCUGCAGUGUGUCGUUAACUUGCAGCCGGUGCCACCGCAGCUACGGGAUGCCGUGUUCACGCGGAUCAUUAAAGCCUUCACCAGGGUCACAGAAGACUCGGCCGACGGUCCUUUGGUUCACGGGACUCUCAGCCGGCUCUUUCAGCAGAUCCUGGCCGACAUUCGGAAGUAGGGAAGGAACCCGCGCCGUCCGCGUCUUCGCACUCCAGGCCCCGGGAAGUCGACAAAAGCGCUGCUAUUAUUUCUCGCAAACCGUGGCAG